UGCGGACAGAUUUGUAUCUCUCGCCGUGUACAAAACGUUGUGCACUCGAAGUUACAAGUAUCCCGAAUUUUCCAUUGGAUUUUCUAUGCGUCGUCGUCGUCGUUGCAGUGCAGAAAACACGCGUUUGCAAUGAUACGUCGACUUUGCGAAUUUGCGGUGCGUCGCGCGCUCGGCGUCGAGCGAACGAACCACCCACCGCCGCAUCGUAAGUGGAAAGAAAGCAGUAUACUGUAACCAGCGCAGAAAUGCGUGAUGUAUAGUGGCGCUAUGUAGUCACGACCCAGCGAGGCCUCCAAAACAAACGCAGUAUCUUUGUGACGGUCGAACAGUGAACAGUUCAUUGUGAGCUACAAGUUACAUAGCCUGACUGCAGGCAUAUAUAUACCUAUAUAUAUACACACACUUCUUUGUGCAGAUAAGAGCAAAUUGACGAGUGCCGAUUUUUACAACAAGUGUUAUAAACAAAAGUUCAUCGUGCACGACAAUCCGCUUUUACACGUUAAAACGGUGCGAAAGGAAAAAAGCAAGAAAUUUCUAGACAUGGCGCAGAAGCGUCCGCAAUACGGCGAGUACGCCGACGAAAGUUUCUCCAGCGACGACGACUAUUAUCCGGACGACGCGAUGGAGGAGCGGCAGCGUGGCAGCAGCACCAGCUCCUCGAGGCGCAGAUCCACCUCGACGAGCAACAACAACAACAACAACAGACAGGCGACGUCGUCCGCGACGACGACCUCAUCGUCGCACGGCGCUGCUGGUGGACAGGACGAUCCACAGCAAAUGGAACAGCAGCCACAGCAACAACAGCAGCAGGCACCUGGCACCGGUGCGCGCAGAAGAGGUCGGGGGCCGUCCAAGAGGCCGUGCCUGAACAAGAACGCCCUGAUGGCCCGCGAGAAUCGCCAGAGAAAGAAGGAGUACGUGGAGAAGAUCGAGGCCGAGCUGGCCUCGCUGCAGAAGGAGAACCAGGAGCUGCAGAGCACGAUCGAGAGCCAGAGCGGCGAGAUCAAGAAGCUCAGCUGCGAGGUGAAGUACCUGAAGAACGUGCUGAGGAACGACACCCUGGUGACGACCCUCAUGAAGGCCAUGAACGACAGUCUGAAGAAGCUGCACGGCGGCAAGGGCCGGCCGCGGGACGCGGCCACGGACACCGUGAUCGAGAGCAGCGGAUCGACGACGCCGCGAGACGAGAGCGAGGGCCUGUCGAAACCCUGUCCGGAGCUGAUGAAUCACAUAUCCAACGAACAAAAUAUUUCACCAAAAUCUCCAAAUAGGUCUGUGACUGUCUCAGGAACAUCAGAUGUUAAUGACAAGCUAGCCUCUAGCAAAAUUAUUAACAAAGUUACAUUUGGACAAAGUAAUCAACCUACAGCAAAAAUAGCCAGAAAAACAAUGCCUUUGGUCACACUAAAAACAGAAAACCCUCCUAGCAAUGCCAGUAGCAUGGAUGACUAUGAGAUGCAUUAUGCUAUGAACUCUCCUCAAUCCAGCAUUUACUGUGAGUAUAACACGGAUGAAAGUCCAGCUGGUCUGAGUACUGGUCCAGUUGUGACACCAUUGAGAAGCAUGUCGCAUUCGAUGGACAAUUUUGAAGGUAGCUUGUCAGAUGGUUUCAGCCACCUCUCGUCACUUGAUGUUGAUAUGCUAAAUAGCUUAGAAAAAGAUGGCAACAUCGAUAAUCCCCUUUCAUUGGAUCAAGAUGAUUCAAAUUUAUUUACUGAAGAUGCAAUGUUUCACACAUUUGAUGAAAUUUUGAAAAAUAUAAAUGAUGAAAGUAAUAUAGUUCUUGACUCUCAACAGGAUCUCUGCCCUGCUAAAGACCCUGUAAAGGAAUCCAAUAAUUUCUCUUUUUUUAAUGCACCAGAUAAUCCAGGUGUUUGUCUUCAUAUAAAUUCCAGUAGAGUUUCUUUGGAGUACUGUGUAUACUGCCACAAUAACAGCUUACAAUCUCAGACAGUUAUGUAAAUUAUUGCUGAAUACAGGAGAAAAACUGAGAAAUUGUGACGUUUUGCAAAGAAGCUAUAUUGAAAAAUCAAAGCAAAUAACCAUGCUGAUAUGUUUAUUCAAUUACAAUAUAUUUAUAUUAUUAUUAGUUGUAUAAUUAUUGUCUGUAUAUCACAAACCAUAGCUGUGAGUUCAGUUAAAAGAUGUUAUUUCAAUUGCAGUUGUGUACUUUUGAAUACAAAUUUUCGUAAAUGAAAUCACAACAAUCCUGACGUGUAUUAUUAUAUCGUAUGAACGUGUGUGUCUUAUUUAACGAAAAUUUGUAUGUACAUAUGAACUUAAAAAAAAUUUUUAUACUAAAGCCAUUAAUGAUAACUUAACUUUAUUUGUUUUAGGAGCAUUUAAAUGCACCUUAAACAUUGUAAAUAUUGUAUUGUCAAAAUUUUUAUUACUUAUUUAAUAGUUGAAGAUUUUAUGACAUUUUAAUUAUUGUUGUUGCUUUUUACUAAGGUUUGUGCUAUAUAACAAAUGUAUUUUUAAAAAUUCUAUUUACUGUUCCUAAAUGUACCAUAAUAUUAAUCAUGUGAAACUCUUCUCAGCAUGUAAAAAUACACUUUUCGUUUUUGCAGGACACCAGCUUGGCAUGGUACUAAAUAUGUGGCAGUUGGCUUCUUUUAAUUAAAGAGUUUUCAGACUUCAUCUCCUGCUUUUUCAUUCUUGGAAAGACAUACUGGUUUCACUUUGGAAUGCUUGGAGCCAGAUAGUUGUUCAAUUCCUGCAAAUGAUUCCUUAAAACCAGAAUUAAAAUUUUAAACACAUAAAUUUUAAUUCAAAUAUAUGCACAUUUUGCACGAAACUUUAAAGGUGAAAUUUCAAUUUAAUUGAUUUGAAUUAAAAAUUACAGUAAGUUAUGAAUAAUGCUGGCACCCCUUUAAUUAUUUAACUUGUUAGCUAAUGUAAGUUUAUUAUGAUCUAUUGGUCAAUAUGAUAUAAUAUUCUUUGGGAUGUCCGUUUUUGAAAUUCAAAAACAUUUCUGGUAUUAAGGUAUUUUUCAGCUUCUUAACUUGUCUGUUUUAGUAUUUUUACAGGUCUCGGAAGAGUUACUGAUAGCGUUGUGAUUGUAACAGCAUUACGUUUUGUACAUGAAGAUCAUUUCAAUAUAUGUGUACGAGUGUAAAUAGGUUGUAUAGAAACAGUUAAAUAAUAGUUAUGAUUAAAAUGCAUUUUUUGAUAGAUUACUUCAAAGGAUGUGUAAUUAAAUUUAUCAGAUAUUAACGAAGGAGAAUUAUUUGAUUCCAUAGAUAAUCUGUUUUGAUAGUAAGAAGACUGUAUUACAUAACGGACUGUUGGAGUCAAACAAAUUUUAUAAAAUACAAACUUACAAAAUUAAAAGAAUAGUAUAUA